AUCGAAUCCCAAACCAAAAUCUCUACCCCCAAAAUUAAUUCCUAAAAACACACUCCUCCCUCGCGAGUCCCUUCAUCGUCUCUCUCCCGAUUCAGUCCACAAACCACAGAAUUCGUCUUCUCCCUAAAUCGUUUACUUACUUUUCUUCCUCUUCCUGUCAAUUCGCACGUGCGAUUUUGCAGGUUUUCUUCUCUCUUCCCUCUUUCUUUAUCGGUCGAUCAUCGCAAUCUUGAACGACGUCGUUUUUGUCUCCCCCGGUUGGGUUACACCUCUCGUCACCGUCAAUUUUCGAUCGCUGCUGCUACUGAUUGCACUUUUCUUCUAUUUCAGGCGUGAGUACGUGGGUGGAUAUAGGUGUAUUGCUUGUAUGCUAUGAAGGACGUGUAUGAUAAUAACAGCAGAUAGAAAACGAGAGGAAAAAAAGAGGAAGAAUGAGCGGUGGAUGUUGUGAUUACCUGGAGAAACUGAGGUUUGAGGUAUGCGGUGCUUGGUAAAACUAGUUAGAAGAGUUAGAGGAAAGCGAAGAAGGAGAAGAAGAAAGAAUAAAAAUGAACGUGCAGGCUCAUAUGUCGGGACAGAUAUCAGGGCAGGUGCCUAAUCAAGGGGCGGUUCCCCAGCAAAAUGGGAACACCCUCCAGCCUUCUCAGAUGCAAAGUUUAGGUGGUGCUGCUGUUGGUGUUGGUCCUGGUGGUGUUGUUGCGGGUCCUCCACGGAACACAGUGAAUAAUAUGGACCAUGAUCUUAUCAGAUUGCGACAGUACAUGCGAACCAGGAUUUUAAAUCUUCUACAGCAACGGCAGCCACAACCAGUUGAUGACACUGCUAGAGCAAAGUACAUGGAUAUUGCUAGGCGGUUAGAGGAAGGAAUCUUUAAAAUGGCAUCUACAAAGGAGGAGUAUAUGAAUUCACAGACUUUAGAAGCCCGCUUGGGAAGCCUACUCAGGGGCAAACCAGGGAACAACUACACCCAACGGCAUCCAGAGCUUGUCAAUUCAUCUUCUUCCAUUGGUACAAUGAUUCCUACCCCUGGCAUGUCACAUGGUGGGAAUCCAAGCUUGAUGGUUACGUCUUCUGUUGAUACUUCAAUGAUUGCUUCCAGCGGAUGUAAUAUGCCACUCACAGCCAACAGAGGAAGCACAUUGCCUAGCAGUGGCAUGCAUGGUGGUUCUUUAAAUAGAUCUGAUGGUACUCUGUCCAAUGGAUAUCAACCAUCAUCAGCCAAUUUUUCAAUUGGUUCUGGUGCAAAUGUUUCAACUAUUGGUGCACAAAGACUUACAAGUCAAAUGAUUCCUACCCCUGGAUUUAAUUGUAGUAGUAAUAGUAGCACAAACAAUAGUAAUAGUCAGUCUUACAUGAAUGUGGAAUCUUCCAGUAAUACUGGUGGAUUUUCAGCUGUUGAAUCUACAGUGGUACCACAGCAACAGCAGCAAAGGCAACAUGUUGGUGGUCAAAACAGCCGUAUACUGCACAGUCUUGGCAGCCAAAUGGGUAGUGGUUUUAGGUCUGGUUUGCAGCAGAAAUCUUAUGGCUUAACAAAUGGCUCUUUAAACGGCAGUUCAGGGAUGAUUGGCAAUCUUGUGAAUGAAACUAGGACUUCCGAGGGCUAUCUGAGUGCCACUGCUUAUGCGAAUUCAACCAAACCUUUGCAACAGUCCUUUGAUCAACUCCAGCGACCAGUAAUGCAUGGUGAUGGUUAUGGAUUAAACAGUGCUGAUUCUUUUGGCUCUGGGAAUUUCUACGGUACCGUAUCAUCUGUUGGGUCGAUGACAAAUAACUUGAAUCCAGUCAGUUUGCAGCCUAUCUCGAAAACUAGUCCAUCUAUGGUAAAUAAUCAGUCAAACUUACAUGGUACACAACAGGCUGCACAGAUGAAAUCUCAAUCAAUUGAUCAGUUUGAGAAUAUGAAUUUCCAACAUGCAUUACCUGCAAGAGAUAAUUUGCUGCACUCCCAUCAACAACAACAAUUCCAGCAACAAUCUCAUCAGUUUCAGCAGCAGCAACAAUUUAUUCAACAGCAACGUCAACAGAAGCAGCAACAGCAGCAAAUAUUAAACAACGAUGCCUAUGGACAGGCUCAGCUGGCUUCAGAUCUAGGCGGUCAGGUUAAGCGUGAGCCUGGAAUAGAGCACCAUAAUGAUGUUUUGCACUCGCAAGUUUCUGAACAAUUCCAGCUAUCUGAGCUGCAGAAUCAAUUCCAACAGAACUCAGCUGGAGAUAAUUCCAGGGGUGCUCAGCAUCUGUCUGUCCCAACUGGGCAGAAUGACAUAUGCUCAUCACACCCUCAAAAUUCGCAACAGAUGCAACAAGUUUUGCAUCAACAAAUGGUUUCGGAGUCCCAUAAUGAUUUUUGUGGCGUUCCUGUUGGAGCACACACAGAGUCUGUUAUGCAGGGUACAUGGAGGCAGCCCCAAGACAGGAGUCAAAUAUCUGGAAACAUAUCAAAUGAACAGCAUGUUCAGGAGGAUUUUCGUCAGAGAAUAUCAGGGCAAGAUGAAGCUCAGUGCAACAAUCUAUCUUCGGAGGGAUCUGCUAUUGGCCAAGUUGUUGUUCAGAGAAGUACAGUUCAGCCUACAAAUGCAAGUGGUGUUACAUGUAGAUCUGGAAAUGGAAACCGUGAUAAGCAGUUUAGAAAUCAACAGAGGUGGCUUCUUUUUCUUCGGCAUGCUCGUCGAUGUCCUGCCCCAGAAGGGAAGUGUCAAGAUCCAAAUUGCGUCACUGUCCAAAAACUAUGGAGACAUAUGGACUUGUGCAAUUCAUCUCAGUGCCCAUAUCCUCGGUGCCAUCACACCAAGAUAUUGAUUCAUCAUCACAAGCAUUGCAGGGAUGCAAACUGCCCUGUUUGUGUUCCUGUUAAGAAUUAUUUACACCAGCAAAUGAGGAUACGGACCCGUCAAAACUCUGAUUCUGGUUUGGCAAGUCCGAUGACGGGAUCCUGUAAAUCAUAUGAUUCCAGAGCUGCUACUGGCAGAAUGAAUUCUAAAGCUCCAUCAGUUGUAGAGACUUCAGAGGAUUUGCAACCUUCUAUAAAACGCAUGAAGAUAGAGCAGUCCUCCCACUCUGCUGCCCAUAAGAUUGACAAUCCUGCAGUAGCAACUUCUGUUUCUGAACCUCUUAUAUCCCAGGAUGUCCAGCGCCAAGAUUAUCAACAUGGUGAUGCAUGUAUAUCAAUUAAGUCUGAGUUUAUGGAAGUUAAGAUGGAAGUUGCUGAUAGAUCUCAACAAGUAAGUCCUGCUAUUAGUGAGACAAAGAUGGAUGGUGCAGAUGAUAUCCCCACACAGAGGCCUGACAGUGAACCUGUAAAAUAUGAUGAGCUUGCCGGUCUACCUAAGGAAGAAAAUGUUAAACUUGAGAAAGAGGCUGAGCCACCUAAACAAGAAAAUGUAACACAGCCUGCUGAAAAUGCAGCUGGAACUAAGUCGGGAAAGCCAAAAAUAAAGGGUGUUUCAUUGACUGAGCUGUUCACCCCAGAGCAAGUGAGGGAGCAUAUUAUUGGCCUCCGGCAGUGGGUUGGUCAGAGUAAAGCCAAGGCAGAAAAGAAUCAAGCAAUGGAGCACGCGAUGAGUGAGAAUUCAUGCCAGUUGUGUGCAGUUGAGAAGCUUACUUUUGAACCACCUCCUAUAUAUUGUUCGCCAUGUGGUGCUCGCAUUAAGCGAAAUGCAAUGUACUACACAAUGGGAGCAGGUGACACAAGGCACUAUUUCUGUAUUCCCUGCUACAAUGAGGCUCGUGGCGAUACUAUAGUUGUUGAUGGGACAGCCAUACUAAAGGCAAGGCUUGAGAAAAAGAAAAAUGAUGAAGAGACUGAAGAAUGGUGGGUUCAAUGUGACAAGUGUGAAGCUUGGCAGCAUCAGAUUUGUGCUUUGUUUAGUCGAAGGAAUGAUGGUGGGCAAGCUGAAUAUACUUGCCCUAAUUGUUAUAUAGCAGAGAUUGAACAAGGAGAGAGGAAGCCUUUACCGCAGAGUGCUGUUCUUGGGGCCAAAGAUUUGCCUAGAACAAUUCUCAGUGACCAUAUAGAGCAGCGGUUAUUUAGGAGACUGAAGCAAGAAAGACAAGAGAGGGCUAGAAUUCAGGGGAAAAGUUAUGAAGAGGUUCCUGGUGCUGAGGCACUUGUAAUCAGAGUUGUUUCUUCUGUUGACAAAAAGUUGGAAGUGAAGCAGCGGUUUCUUGAAAUUUUUCGAGAAGACAAUUACCCUACUGAAUUCCCUUACAAGUCUAAGGUCAUUUUGUUGUUUCAGAAGAUUGAAGGCGUGGAAGUGUGUCUUUUUGGCAUGUAUGUUCAAGAAUUUGGAUCAGAAUGUCAGUUUCCAAAUCAGCGACGUGUUUACCUUUCAUAUCUGGAUUCUGUGAAGUACUUCAGACCUGAAAUUAAAGCAGUGACUGGAGAGGCUCUCCGUACAUUCGUUUACCAUGAAAUUCUGAUCGGUUACCUUGAAUACUGCAAGAAACGUGGUUUUACGAGUUGCUAUAUAUGGGCUUGUCCUCCAUUAAAGGGUGAAGAUUACAUUUUAUAUUGUCAUCCAGAAAUUCAGAAGACACCGAAAUCUGAUAAACUAAGGGAAUGGUACUUGUCAAUGUUAAGGAAAGCUGGGAAGGAGAACAUUGUAGUUGAUCUCACUAAUUUAUAUGACCAUUUCUUUGUGCAAACUGGCGAAUGCAGAGCAAAGGUAACGGCAGCAAGGUUACCAUAUUUUGAUGGUGACUACUGGCCAGGUGCUGCUGAAGACCUUAUUAAUCAGCUUAAUCAAGAAGAAGAUGGCAGAAAGCAGAACAAGAAAGGAACAACCAAGAAGACCAUUACAAAAAGGGCUCUAAAAGCAUCGGGCCAAUCUGAUCUUUCUGGCAAUGCAUCGAAGGACCUGUUGCUAAUGCACAAGGUAAAUUUUCCUUCCAUCUUCUGCUACUAUUUUCCCUGUCAAUUGAUUGUCUCUAAUCAUAAUCUUUACAAUUAUAUCAUCAGAUAUUUUUGGGUAAUAUCUUUGAUAUAUUUAGUUUGUGAUUGCAAUAACUGCUUAUUUCUUUAUACACUUUUUAACAUAAAACUAAGUGUGUUAUUAAAUCAUCAAAAGAGUGAUCCUAAGAGUUGUGCAGCUUCUUGUUUGUGUUUCUUUUACUUCUGCUCUGAUGUUUUUACUUUACAUCUUUGCAGAUGUCAUGAGAUAGAAAAGAACCGGGAAGAAAGGGAACGUCACCCUGUAAACCAGAAGGAUAAACAUACCCUUUAUCCAGUGGAAAUUACUGAUGUUCCUGCUGAUACUAAAGAUAAAGAUGAGAUUCUUGAGAGUGAAUUCUUUGAUACUAGGCAGGCAUUCCUCAGUCUUUGUCAAGGGAAUCAUUAUCAGUAUGAUACAUUAAGGCGGGCUAAGCAUUCUUCAAUGAUGGUCCUUUAUCACCUUCACAAUCCAACUGCUCCUGCCUUUGUGACAACAUGCAACAUAUGUCAUCUGGACAUUGAAACUGGUCAAGGUUGGCGAUGUGAAGUUUGCCCUGAUUAUGAUGUAUGCAAUAAUUGUUAUCAGAAUGAUGGAGGUGUUGAUCAUCCACAUAAGUUAACAAACCAUCCAUCCGUGGCUGAACGUGAUGCACAGAAUAAAGAAGCUAGGCAACUACGGGUUUUGCAGCUUAGGAAAAUGCUUGAUCUACUGGUGCAUGCAUCACAAUGCCGUUCUCCACACUGUCAAUAUCCAAAUUGCCGUAAGGUGAAGGGGCUUUUCCGACAUGGUAUACAAUGUAAAAUACGUGCUUCUGGAGGUUGUCUCCUCUGCAAGAAGAUGUGGUAUCUCCUACAACUUCAUGCUCGAGCGUGCAAAGAAUCUGAAUGCCAUGUGCCACGUUGCAGAGAUCUGAAGGAGCACUUGAGGAGAUUGCAGCAGCAAUCCGAUUCACGGCGUAGGGCUGCAGUGAUGGAGAUGAUGAGACAGAGAGCUGCAGAGGUUGCUGGAAAUUCUGGAUGACUAAGUUGUAAAUA